CAAAAUUUUUGAAAAAGAAAAAAAGAAAAAGGAAACCCCAUCACUCUCCCUCAGCCCUCUCCCAGCCAAACUCGCCGGCGAGCGGCUGAAAUUUAAAACCUGAGAUUCACCGACGCCGUCAUUCUUCACCCUAUCCAUUUCCUCUCUAUCUCUCUUACAGAGAUCGGAGAAGAGGAUAGUUUUGAGACGCAUAAGGGUUACAUCUAGGCGUUUUAGAAGAAUAUAUUAAUACACGCAUCGAUAGAUUUUUGCAAUGUCGGAGGAUGAUAAGUUGUUGAAGGAGGCGAAGAAGCUUCCGUGGGAUGACCGGUUGCUGCACAAGAACUGGAAGGUGCGGAACGACGCCAACAUCGACCUAGCUGCGGUGUUUGAUUCCAUCACCGAUCCAAAGGACCCUCGUUUGCGUGAAUUCGGACCGUUGUUUAAGAAGAUGGUGUCUGAUUCAAAUGCGCCUGUUCAAGAGAAGGCACUUGAUGCGCUGAUUUCUUACUUGAAAGCAGCUGAUGCUGAUGCUGGAAGGUAUGCCAAAGAAGUUUGCGACGCAAUUGUGGCCAAGUGCCUGACGGGGAGGCCAAAGACUGUAGAGAAGGCACAAGCAAUUUUCAUGCUUUGGGUAGAGUUAGAGGCGGUGGAAUCAUUCCUGGAUGCUAUGGAGAAAGCAAUUAAGAACAAAGUCGCAAAAGCUGUUGUACCUGCCAUAGACGUCAUGUUUCAGGCCUUAAGUGAAUUUGGUUCAAAGGUUAUCCCACCAAAGAGAAUCUUGAAGAUGCUUCCUGAAUUAUUUGAUCAUCAGGAUCAGAAUGUUCGAGCUUGUUCUAAGGGCCUAACAUUGGAACUUUGUCGAUGGAUUGGGAAAGAUCCAGUGAAAUCUAUACUCUUUGAAAAAAUGCGCGAUACGAUGAAAAAAGAACUGGAGGCUGAGCUUGUUAAUGUUACUGGGACUGCAAAGCCAACUCGCAAAAUAAGAUCUGAGCAAGACAAGGUGCCAGAACAGGAUACUGUCCCAGAGAUAGCUUGCUCUGGUCCUUCCGAAGAAUCAGCUGCUGACACUCCACAGGAAAUAGAUGAAUAUGAACUUGUUGAUCCUGUUGAUAUUUUGACUCCUCUUGAGAAGUCUGGUUUUUGGGAUGGAGUGAAAGCUGCUAAGUGGUCAGAGCGAAAGGAUGCUGUUGCAGAGUUAACAAAGCUUGCUUCAACAAAGAGAAUAGCACCUGGGGAUUUUUCAGAAAUUUGCCGCACAUUGAAGAAGCUCAUCACUGAUGUGAACAUUGCUGUAGCUGUUGAAUCCAUACAAGCAAUUGGGAAUCUUGCUAGAGGACUAAGAACCCAUUUUUCAGGGAGUUCACGGUUCCUGCUACCUGUUUUACUGGAAAAAUUGAAAGAGAAAAAGCCUGCUUUAACAGAGUCACUUACUCAAACACUUCAGGCAAUGCACAAGUCUGGCUGCUUAAAUCUCUCAGAAAUCGUUGAAGAUAUUAAGGCAGCAACAAAGAAUAAAGUUCCACUUGUUAGAUCUUUGACAUUGAACUGGGUGACAAUUUGUAUUGAAACAAGCAGCAAGGCUAUUAUUCUCAAAAUUCACAAGGAGUACGUUCCAAUUUGUAUGGAGUGCCUGAAUGAUGGAACACCAGAGGUUAGAGAUGCCGCAUUUUCUGCUUUGUCAGCUAUUGCUAAGUUGGUUGGCAUGCGACCUUUAGAAAAAUCAAUUGAAAAACUUGAUGAUGUCAGAAGGAAGAAGCUUUCUGAAAUGAUUGCCGGGACUAGUGGUGAAUCUGAUGGUAGCUCAGCUGCAGUGCCAUCUUCGGGAGCAAAUGUACCUUCCUCCAUGGCAGCAGAUGGAUCAUUUGUUAGGAGGUCAGCUGCUAGUAUGCUUAGUGGGAAAAGAACUGUUCAGGCUGCUCCCAUCAAUAAGAAAGGAGUGCCUGCAAAAUCUGGAGCUGCCAAAAAAGGGGAUGGAGGUGGGCAGUUGAAACCAUCCAAGCCUGUGGAAAUUGAAGAUGUAGAGCCAGAAGAUAUGAGUCUUGAACAGAUUGAGAGCAAACUAGGUUCCCUUAUACAGCCAGACACAAUUUCUAUGUUGAAGAGUGCAGUAUGGAAAGAGAGGGUUGAAGCUAUCGUGUCAUUUAAAGAGCAGGUUGAAGCACUUAAAGAACUUGAUCCAUCAGUAGAGAUUUUGAUUCGUUUGCUAUCUUCUGUGCCUGGAUGGAAUGAAAAAAAUGUGCAGGUCCAGCAGCAUGUCAUCGAUGUUAUUUCCCAUAUAGCUUCAACAGCAUCAAAGUUUCCUAAAAAGUGUGUUGUACUUUGCCUCCAAGGUAUCACUGAAAGAGUUGCUGACAUCAAGACACGUGCUCAAUCCAUGAAAUGCCUUACUACUUUUUGUGAAGCUGUUGGCCCGGGAUUUAUUUUUGAGAGGCUUACCAAGAUCAUGAAAGAGCACAAGAAUCCUAAAGUUCUUAGUGAAGGCUUGCUGUGGAUGGUCACAACAAUUGAGGAUUUUGGUGUUUCACACCUAAAACUCAAGGAUGUGAUUGAUUUUUGCAAGGAUGUUGGCUUACAAUCCAGUGCUGCUGCCACGCGAAAUGCAACAAUUAAACUUAUUGGUGUCCUACACAAGUUUGUUGGCCCAGAUAUCAAGGGAUUCUUAUCGGAUGUAAAGCCAGCUCUUCUAAGUGCUCUUGAUGCAGAAUAUGAAAAAAACCCAUUCGAGGGCACAUCUUCUGUACCAAAGAGGACAGUGAAGGCAGCAGAUUCUGUAUGUGUGUCUAGUGGUGGGUUAGAUAGUCUUCCACGCGAAGACAUCAGUGGAAAGAUUACACCAGCUUUGCUCAAGGGUUUAGAAAGUUCAGAUUGGAAGAUUAGAUUGGAAUCCAUUGAAGGUGUAAAUAAGAUUUUAGAAGAGGCCAACAAGCGCAUUCAGCCUACUGGCACUGGAGACCUGUUUGGUGCCCUUAGAGCCAGGCUCUAUGACAGCAAUAAGAAUAUUAUCAUGUCAACUUUAUCUACAAUUGGUGCGGUUGCAUCUGCUAUGGGGCCAGCAGUUGAGAAGUCAAGCAAGGGCAUUCUCUCAGAUAUAUUAAAAUGUCUUGGUGACAAUAAGAAGCACAUGAGGGAGUGUGCUAUGAGCACACUCGAUGCUUGGCUAGCUGCUGUUCAUCUAGAUACAAUGGUACCAUAUAUUACAGCUUCAUUGACGGAUGCUAAAAUUGGUGCGGAGGGACGUAAAGAUCUUUUUGACUGGUUAUCCAAACAACUUGCCAUAGUGAAAGAAUUUCCUGAUGCAAUUGUUCUUCUUAAACCUGCUGCCUCCGCUAUGACGGAUAAAUCAGCUGAUGUUAGGAAAGCAGCUGAAGUCUUCUUUGGUGAAAUUAUGAGAAUUUGCGGACAAGAGAUGGUGACAAAGCAUUUGAGAGAUAUCCAGGGACCUGCUUUAGCUGUCGUCGUUGAACGGCUAAAACCACAUGGGGGUUUACAAGAAUCAUUUGAAUCAGGCAAAACUAUGUCAACUGGGCUCUCAACCAAAAACAGCUUGAAGUUGGGAAAAUCAAAUGCCCCUGCUCCUCGCCUUGGAAACAGAAUGGGUUCUUCUAGAACUCUUCCUGUGAAGAGUUCAAGGCAGGAGUCCCUCAUGUCUGUUCAGGACAUCAGUUUACAGUCACAAGCUUUGAUAAAUAUCAAAGACUCAAACAAGGAUGAGAGAGAGAGAACAGUUAUUCGCAAAUUUAAGUUCGAGGAGCCACGUCUUGAACAGAUUCAAGAUCUUGAGACUGAUUUGAUGAAGUUCUUCCGAGAAGAUUUCCAUAGGAGGCUUUUAAGUUCUGACUUCAAAAAGCAAGUUGAUGGGAUUGAAAUGUUACAAAAGGCGCUGCCGUCUUUAGGGAAAGAAAUAAUUGAAGUUCUUGACAUACUCUUAAGGUGGUUUGUCUUGAGAUUCUGUGAAUCCAACACUGCAUGUCUACUGAAGGUGCUUGAAUGCCUUCCCGAGCUUUUUGAUAUGCUAAAGAAUGAAGGUUGCACCUUGUCAGAAGCUGAAGCAGCCAUUUUUCUUCCGUGCUUGGUUGAAAAGUCUGGUCACAAUAUUGAGAAAGUACGAGAGAAAAUGCGCGAGCUGAUGAAAAAAGUUAUUCUCACAUACUCUGCGUCAAAGACUUUUCCGUAUAUUUUGGAGGGUCUGCGUUCUAGAAACAAUCGUACACGGAUAGAGUGUGUUGAUCUUGUUGGCUUCUUACUAGAUAACCAUGGAGCAGAGAUUGGUGGGCAGUUAAAAUCCUUGCAAAUAGUUUCUAGUUUAACUUCAGAACGGGAUGGUGAACUUCGGAAGGCUGCAUUAAAUACUCUAGCAACUGGUUACAAGUUAUUAGGUGAUGACAUAUGGAGAUAUGUUGGAAAGCUAACAGAGGCUCAAAGAAGCAUGUUAGAUGAUAGAUUUAAGUGGAAGGCUCGGGAAAUGGAAAAGAGGAAGGAGGGAAAACCUGGUGAAUCUAGGGCUGCUUUGAGGCGAUCUGUGCGGGAUACUGGGUCUGAUCUGGCAGAGCAAAGUGGUGAAGUUUCUAGGUCUAUUGCCUUUCCAAUCUUAAACAGAGAGAAUUACAACCAAUCUGAAGUUUCCCUCGAGAGACAUUUAAUACCUUUGCCAAUUCCUGGAACUAAUGGCCCCACCGACUGGAAUGAAGCUUUGGAUAUAAUUGCAUAUGGUUCUCCAGAGCAGUCAAUAGAAGGAAUGAAAGUUGUAUCCCAUAAGUUGGGGCUAGCAAUGGGUGACCCUGAAGGCAGUGGGAUGGAACAAAUUUUAAAAGAUGCUGAUAAACUUGUAUCCUGCUUAGCAAAUAAGGUUUCCGAAGCAUUUAAGUUUAGUUUGAUGGGUGACUCUUCAAGGUCUUGUAAAUAUGUUCUCAAUACACUUAUGCAGACUUUUCAAAACAGAAAUAUGGCACAUGCUGCAAAAGAAAGCACCCUUACGGUUCUCAUUACAGAGCUGCUUCUCUGGCUUUUAGAUGACAGAGUUCCCCGAAUGGAUGAUGGCAGUCAGCUUCUGAAAGCCUUGAAUGUUCUGAUGCUUAAGAUCUUGGAUAAUGCUGAUCGGACAACAUCAUUUGUUGUUCUCAUCAAUCUUCUACGGCCUCUGGAACCUUCAAGGUGGCCAUCUCCUACAGCAAAUGAGUCCUUAGCUUCAAGAAGCCAGAAGUUCUCUGAUUUGGUUGUGAAAUGUCUUAUCAAACUUACCAAGGUUCUCCAAAGUACCAUAUAUGAUGUUGACCUUGAUAGAAUUCUUCAAAGCAUUCAUGUAUACCUGCAAGAAUUAGGCAUGGAGGAAAUCCGGAGGAGAGCUGGAGCUGAUGAUAAACCAUUGCGAAUGGUGAAAACAGUUCUGCACGAACUUGUUAAGCUUCGUGGGACUGCCAUAAAGGGCCACCUUUCAAUGGUACCUAUUGAUAUGCAACCACAACCUAUCAUUCUUGCUUACAUUGAUCUUAACCUCCAAACAUUAGCAGCUGCAAGAAUGUUAACACCUGUACCUGGACAAACUCAUUGGGGUGAUUCCAGUGCCAACAAUUCAGCACCUGCGAACCAUUCUGAUGCACAGAUGAAGCAAGAAUUAGCUGCAAUAUUCAAGAAGAUUGCUGACAAGCAAACGUGUAAGAUUGGUCUCUCUGAGUUAUAUAGAAUUACACAACUCUAUCCCAGGGUUGACAUCUUCUCUCAGCUGCAGAAUGCAAGUGAAGCAUUUAGGACGUAUAUUAGAGAUGGUUUAGCCCAGAUGGAGAAUAACGCAGCAGCUGGAAGAACUCCUUCUAGCGUGCCUGUGCCAACUCCUCCACCAUCUACAAUGGAACUAUCUUUCCCGAAAUUCGGAGCUCCAUCCCUCCCUGUAAAUAGAAACAUAAUCAAUGAUACAAACGCUGUAAGUUCUAAAAUGGAACCUGCACACUUUAGUCUCCCUCCGUCGUAUGCCGAGGAUGAAAGAUCUAGUAAUACAGUCCUUUCAACAAGGGGUUCUGCAUUGGAUCAAUCAGAAAUACGGCAACAACCAGGAGAAAUACAGGGUGAAAGAUUUCCAUCUGGAGUCACCGGCGGAACUCUAGAAGCUAUCAGGGAAAGAAUGAAAACCAUCCAACUAGCAGCGGCAUCAACCGGGCUUCCAGAUCCCGGAAACAGGCAAUUGAUGCCCCCAAACAAUGGCGCUAUCACUCAUGGGGCUUCAAGUCCACAGCAUGCAUCUGCUGAGACCUCUCAUAAUGGUCAUAGUAAUGGAAGUGAGGCUAUUCUCCCCCCGCAGGAUGGGUCAGGGGUCCUUCCCAUGGACGAAAAGGCCCUCUCGGGACUUCAGGCACGAAUGGAGAGGCUCAAGAGUGGGUCCCUUGAACCACUUUAGUCCCCGUGAUUAUGUUGUGGUUAAAAAGGUAAUAGAGCAACUAUUGAAUUCCUUUUCAAGUGUUCUUUAAUUGAUUGCUACAUAUGAUAUACAUAUAUCUUCUUCACUGAAACCCUUUAAUCGAAAGGUAUAGUGCUUGAUUUAUGUUUGGUUGGAAGGAUAUAUUAAUCUUGUGUGUGUGUAUAUAUAUACACAUAAUAUAAGUAUUAUAGAGCGGAAGUGGGUUUUGUCAUUGGUUUUGGUUCCUU